AGUCCGCCCUCUCAUCGUUACGCUCUCUAUCAUCUAUACCCUCCCCGCGACCACGGCGCCCUCCUUGUUUUCUAGACACUCACGGCACAAGCAACACAUCAUGACGGACACCCCGAAAGAGAACGGCAACGACGAGGUCAUCGGCGAGGCCGUGCCGCCAGCGCAGAAGAGCAGCUGGGCCAGCUUCCUCAAAUCGAUUGCCUCGUUCUCUGGUGACUUGUCCUCGAUGACGGCACCACCCUUCAUUCUUUCCCCCAUAUCACUGACUGAAUUCCCUGCAUAUUGGUGCGAGCGGCCAGAGCUUUUCUCUGCGAUCGCAGAUGCCAGGAGCGAUGAGGAGCGAUCGAUGCUGGUUUUGAAGUGGUUCAUAAGUACCCUAAAAGGACAAUAUACCUCUCGUAAUGAGAAGCUUGGUUCAGAGAAAAAGCCAUUGAACCCUGUGCUCGGAGAAUUAUUCUACGGUUAUUGGCCAGACAUCAACGGGCGAGGACAGACAAAUCUCGUGGUAGAGCAGGUCUCUCAUCAUCCUCCUAUCACUGCCUAUUACAUCGAGAAUAAGGCGAAAGGGAUCGCCCUCCAAGGCCACAGUGCGCAGAAGACGAGCUUCAGUGGUGGUAGCAUUAUCGUUAAGCAGAUUGGUCAUGCGAUCUUGACAGUGAAUCUACCCAACGGUAGGAAGGAAGAAUUCCUGAUCACGCUACCAAAGCUGCGGAUCGAUGGGCUUUGGUACGGCUCGCCAUACAUUGAGCUCUGCGACACGAGUUACAUCCAAAGCUCGACUGGCUGGCUAUCCACCAUCGAAUACAAGGGCAAAGGCUACUUUUCUGGAAAGUCGCACUCGUUCAAGGCGGUGAUUUCCCGGCCGGGCUCCUCGAAUGCCGCGCACACCUACGAGGGCCUAUGGCAUCUCACGUCGAAGGACAUCAAGACAGGUGCAAUCUUCACGGACGUGACGAGCCCCAAGGAAGAAGUGUCGACGUAUCCGAUCGAAGAGCAAGACGAUUGGGAGACUCGGCGCCUCUGGCGGUGGGUCGCGAAGGGCAUCCGGGAGGGCGAUUUUGAGACGGCCAGUAAGGAGAAGGGCAAGAUCGAGAAUGAACAGAGACAGAGACGGAAGGACGAGCAGGCUGCGGGCACGCAGUGGGAACUCAAGCACUUCGAGCACAUUGACUCGGACCCUAUCUAUGAGCGGCUCGGCAAGUUACUCAAGGCAAACCCGCCAACGGAGGACACGUAUGUCUACAAACACAACUAUCACGACCAUCCUCCGCAAGCGACCGCAUGAGCUAUUCACCGUGAAUCUUCUGAUUGGUUUCCUUUGCCCGGACACUCGGGCCCCUAUUGGCCUGUACUCUAGAUGUGUACUGCUCUAAUGAAUGUUUUGGUGCAUCGAUGUGCUGUUGUGCGGCGCCUAUGCUCCCAUUCAGCUCAACGUAUGCGACAUCAUUUUUCUCUCGACUUCCGCGUCUCCUGUGGUUUGAUCCAUGCUCGUCUUUGCAUGUUGUGGGACACUGAUGUAUGAUUGUCACUCCAAACUGUCUCACAGAUAAGGGUGUCGUUCUUCCAGCCGCUACACUGUGAAUGGUCAU